AUGACGGGAUUUGCUAAAUACUUGAAGGACUUGUUGAAAAAGAAAAGACCAAUCAAGUAUGAUACGGUGGGAAUCACCUACCGUGUGAGCUCUAUUAUUUCAUCCACAAAGAUUGACAAGAAGGGAGAUUCCGGGGCUUUCACUAUUCCUUGCACCAUCGGUCACCAUGAAAUUGCUCGUGCCUUGUGUGAUAAUGGGGCUAGUGCUAAUUUGAUUCCACUAGCCAUCUAUAAAAAAUCCGGUUUGGGGACACCUAGACCAACGAGCAUGCAUCUCCAAAUGGCCGAUAGAACCACCACGAGACCGAUAGGGGUUGUUGAUGAUGUCCUUGUUAGAGUGGGGCAAUUUUUAUUACCGGCGGAUUUUGUCAUCCUUGAUUGUGCGGUUGACAAAGAAAUCCUAAUUAUCUUGGGAAGGCCAUUUCUUGACACCAGGAGAGCUUUAAAGGACUUAGAAAAGAAUGAAUAA